GAGGAGGGUCAAAGUGCACUCUCAAGAUGGCCGCCGUGAAAGAUAUCGUAACUUUGGUCCUCGACAAAGACCACAAAACCACCGUUACCGUCCACUUACACGGCGCUACGGUCCUGGCGUGGAAGACUCAGGGCAAAGAACUCCUGUUCGUCAGCGAGAACGCCGUUUACGACAACAAGAAGGCCAUACGGGGCGGAAUACCGCUGGUUUUCCCCAACUUCGGACCAUGGGAACUUGGCCCCCAGCAUGGAUUUGCAAGAAUCUCGAGGUGGAAGUUGGAAAAGAGGCCCGAAAAAGACGAUUCUGGAGGCAUGGCUGCCGUCUUCACCCUGACAGACAACAAGGACACCAGGAAGAUGUGGGACCACAAGUUCAAGUUGACCUACACGCUGUACUUGACCGAGAAAACCUUCACAACGACUCUGAAGGUGGAUAACACAGGUGGGGAUCCUUUCACCUUCACCACCCUGUUACACACCUACUUCAGGACAGAUGACGUAACCAAGGCGACCGUGUCUGGACUGAAGGGGCUGGAGUAUGCCGACAAGGUACGCGGAGAUGCCAAGUUCACAGAAGACCGUGACCUUGUGACGGUGGCGGAAGAAGUUGACCGGACUUACGCCGGCACCCCCAACAGUCAUGUCAUCACAGGAGUCGUCGGUGGUGGUAAAAUCCUGAUGGAGAAGACCAACCUCCCCGACACGGUGGUCUGGAACCCCUGGGUCGACAAGGCCAAGGCCAUGGGCGACUUUGGAGACAACGAGUAUCCCAGCAUGCUUUGCGUGGAAGCAGGUCACGUGGCCACGCCCCUGUCCCUGGGCGCCGGUCAGUCCUUCACCGGGAGUCAGACUCUCACCUUGCUGGACGAAUAGGGGUUAGCGUUACGCUGUCUUUUGUAAGAUGCCUGUUGGUUGGAGUUAGCUCCGCCCACCAUUCGUAGCUGUCAAUCACCGUUGUAGUAACCAACCAGAGUUGCAUGUGGAAGCUCCACCUACCAGUGGAAGCUGUCAAUUAUGAUAGUAGUAACCAAUCAAUAGCAUUUAGUAGCUGUCAAUCAUUACUAAAGUAGCCAAUCAAACUAAGUUUUGCAAGCUCCACCCACCAUCUGUAGCUGUCAAUCAUUGUGUUGUACCCAAUAAAAAUUUCUGUAUCAAAACAAUAUGAAUACAGAGAAGGAGCAAUCCAUGGAUUAUAGGAGUACUAAAAGAAGUUUAGAUGAUUAGUUCACUGGCUAACAAGAUUUAAUUCAAUUAACUGGUACCUGUAAGCAUGAAUAGGCAGUACUUUUUCUAUGUUCAGUUUGACCAUCAGAAUCUCUUCAUAAUUUUAACUGUCCUGGCUAGAUUUGAACCCAAUUGAAUUGUGGAAGUUUGGUUUGUAAAAAUUGUCACAUCCAGAAAAUUGAGGAAAACUAUAGCUGCAAAUUAUGGUGACUAUGAGAGUUAUGAAAUAUAGAAUUAUCUGUGGUGGGUUUAUCUUACAAAUGGCAGCGUAACGGAAAUGUAGAAUUGGUAAACAGGGACCAACCAUUAAUUCUGAGGGGGUGCGUUAUGAUUGUUUUUAAAUGUUCAACAACAAUAAUUCAAAAUAAUUCACAUUUAAAUAGCCAGGAAAAGACAUAAAAAUGGAAUGGAAAAGUGAAGAAUUAUGUAUGCAGGUGUGCUAUUAAUUUUUUAUUACCCCUAUUUUCCGAAAUGGUUUCUUCCACAAGUUGAUGCACAGGCAGAAAAAAGAUUAUGUUUAUGAGAUUUUUUUCAAUAUUAUAUCACAAGUGAGUAAUCCUAUGAACAUUCAAUAAUAACUGCUGUUGUGCAAUAGUAUGAAAAACGGGACCACAAAGUAAGAAUUCAUCUUUUUAUUUGUUACUAUCAUUUGUCAUAAUUUGUCCUGGAUUUUGGAAUUGAACAGAUAGGUUCACAACUACUAAUAACUCAGAAAGUAAUUUGAAAUAAAAUACAAAAACGACUCCAGGUUCUAUCUUUUUGCAUGUUUAACUCUUCCUUUCUUAUUAUAUCUUUGAGAUGACUUAUCAUGACAA